GUUUCUUUGGUUGGUAGUGAAGAGGUGAACAUGGCAUUAGGCAUUACCAAUUUGGCAUUGCAAGAAAAAGGGUUUGCUUGGUUUGACUUUUGACCUUCCAAAAUCCAAACUUCAGAGUCAGACUAAACACACACACAACCUCUUUCUUCUUUCACACCUACCAUAUUACUAAGAAAAAAAGAAAAAGAUAAAAUUCCACCUUUUUUUGCUGUCUGGCAUUUUGUUGAAAGGGUGUCUUCAUGAGAAAGAUUAAUAUUUAUAUAUGUCAGAGCAUGACAACCUGUUUGAGAUUUGUUCCUUCUUGAAGCAUUCUUUAUAUUGGAUCGAUUAGCUAUGAAGUAGAGAGAAGGGGAGGAAGAAAGAGAAGAAAAAUGAGUGUGUCUUUGACUGUGAUGACCUUCAAUCUGCAUGAUGAUGAACCACAAGAGAGUCCUAAUUCGUGGGAGAAGAGAAGGGACUUGUGUAUUAGCGUUAUCACCAGUUACUCACCCAUCAUCCUUUGUACCCAACAAGGAGUGAAAGCACAACUGGAUUUUCUCCAGCAGGGUUUGCCAGGUUAUGAUCAGUUUGGGAUAUCACGGAUAGGGCCCCAGGACACUACGGAUGAGCAUUGUACCAUCUUCUAUGAUAGGGAAAAGGUAGAGCUUCUGGAAGGUGGAACCUUUUGGUUGUCGGAGUCUCCCUCUGUACCUGGAAGCAUGUCAUGGGGUUCUGAAGUUCCUUGUAUUGCAACAUGGGCUACAUUUCAACUAAAAGGACUCGAGCCUCCUGGAUUUUCUUUUCAGAUAGUAAAUACAAACAUGGAUGAGUUCAGUCCUCGUGCCCGUAGACGGAGUGCUUUACUCACAUGGCAGCACAUUGCAUCCUUACCCCCAAGCCUGCCGGUUGUGUACUGUGGAGGCUUCAAUACACAAAAGGAAUCAACUACUGGACGCUUUCUUCUUGGACGAUCGAGAGAGCAUGGUGUAGUUGGCGAUAUGAGGGAUGCAUGGCCUAGUGCUCGAGUGAGGAAAAAUGUUUCCCUAAUCCGCACUUAUCAUGGAUUCAAGGGUGACAAACAGGGAGCCCUUGAAUUCCUCAAGUUAAUUUUUAGAGCUCUCUGCCUCUGCUGGGAUCGCCAAACACAAGAUCUUCACAUUGAUUGGAUCCUUUUCAGAGGUAGAUCACUGAUUCCUGUUUCUUGUGAAGUGGUGAAUGAUAAUAUUGAUGGGUAUUAUCCAUCAUCUCAUUUUCCUAUAUUUGCUGAGUUUAUGCUUCCUCGCACUGUAAGAAUGCUAGAAUCACCUGUACAAGAAGAUAACUAAAAUUAUAUUUCUUGCUAUAUCUGGCUUCCUCCCUGGUUCUCUUUUUUUCCCCUUGUAGUUGUUUCCAUCAUGAAUGUCUUUCUUAGUGGAAUU